AAUCCUCUGCGGUACACCAUCAUUAUGAACAGCCACACCUGUCUCUGGGUGGUAAUUGGGUCCUGGGUAUUUGGCUUCCUGUUUCAAAUCUGGCCAGUCUAUGCCACGUUUCAUCUUACUUUCUGCAAAUCAAAUGUGCUAGACCAUUUUUACUGUGACGGAGGACAGUUGUUCAAACUAUCAUGUGAUAAAGGCCGUUUCACAGAGCUUUUGCUGUUUUUAAUGUCUAUUUUUGUUCUUUUUGGUUCUUUGAUGCCUGCAAUUAUCUCCUACACCUACAUCAUCUCCACCAUCCUCAAGAUCCCUUCAGGCUCUCACCGCUGGAAAACCGUCUCUACAUGUGCCUCCCACUUCACCUGUGUCGUGAUCGGCUACAGCAGCUCUUUGUUCCUCUAUGUGAAACUCAACCAAACACAGGCAGCUGAGUACAACAGAGUGGCAUCACUGAUGGUUUUAGUGGUGAACCCUUUUCUGAACCCUUUUAUCUUCACCCUCCGGAAUGACAAAUUCACAGAGGUGUUUCGAGACGCCAUGAAAAGCUGCUACCAACUCCUCAAGGAUUAG